CUUAUCACCUUCAGCUGUCAUUUCUAUGACUUCUUUAACCAGGCAGAGUGGGAGAGAAGUUUUCGUGAAUAUGUCUUGUGCGAAGCCAAUGUGACUAUUGCAGCCCAAACUAAUAAGCCCAUUCCAGAGUGUGAAAUAAAGAACAGGCCCAGCCUCCUGGUUGAGAAGAUUAACCUCUUUGCCAUGUUUGGCACUGGCAUAGCCAUGAGUACGUGGGUGUGGACCAAGGCAACCAUUAUCAUCUGGAAGAGAGCCUGGUGCAGAAUUUUAGGUCGCAGUGAUGAUGAACCAAAGAGAAUCAAGAAAAGUAAAAUGAUUGCAAAGGCAUUUUCCAAGAGGAAGGAGUUGCUUAAUAAUCCUGAAAAGGAACUGUCCUUCAGUCUCCAUACAGUUUCCCAUGAAGGACCAGUUGCGGGUCUUAACUUUGACAUUAAUGAGCCAUCUGCUGACAUGUCCUCGGCAUGGGCACAGCAUGUCACAAAGAUGGUUGCCAGGAGAGGAGCCAUUUUGCCUCAAGAUGUUUCUGUAACUCCAGUGGCAACUCCAGUGCCUCCUGAAGAGAGA